CUGAGGCGGACAGUGAGGAAAAUGGCGUCGAUAUGGACGGUCGUUUCCUUCGCGUUCUCGCUACUCCUGACGCCGUUUCUCACGUUCUUACUCGCAAUCAUUUUCCUUGCGUCAAUUGGCAAAUCGCUCGGAGUUCGGAGGCUCUACGUGAAACUACUCCUCGCGCUGUUCGAGCUUGGAAGACAAAAUAUAGAAAAAGUUAGAAAACAAAAUGGUACAUGGGAUCAACGACAGGGUGAAAGUGAAGAUGAAGGGGGUGGAUCUCCAACAAUCAUGGAGAAUUGUAAUCCUAAUGGUGUGGUCCAAAAAAAGAAAAAAUUGCAAAACGGAGUUCUCGGAAAUUCUGUAAUUGCUCGAUCGAAGGACCUCAUUUUAUUACCAGAGCCUGAUGGUCACAACUGCAAAAACCAUACCGAUAACGAAAAUUUACAAAAAUCUAAUCUCAGUACAGAGAAGACAGACUGUAGUAAAGAGAAUCCUGUGCAUCAAGGAGAUUCUCUUGAGAUACUGAAAAAGGAAUUCGAUCCAGCGAUUGUUUUAGAUUAUAUCAGGGCUGGCGUAGAAGCUAUAAUUGAAGAUGAAGUGACUUCUAGAUUCGAAGCCGAAGAACUCAAGAAUUGGAAUCUCUUAACAAGAACAAACAGGCAGUAUGAGUUUAUCUCAUGGAAACUUACAGUGAUAUGGAUGUGUGGAUUUGUUACAAGAUAUUGCUUUCUACUACCUCUUAGAAUAUUUAUCUGCUUUGUAGGGGUAAUGUGGCUGACUGUAUGUACUGCAGUAGUCGGUUACGUACCGGAAGGUAGCUUCAAAAGAUGGUUGAAUCAAAAAGUGUCAAUCAUGUGCUUUGCAGUAUUAUCCAGCGCUCUUUCUUCCGUCAUUACCUAUCACAAUGUUGAGAAUAGACCUGUGACAGGAAUUUGUGUAGCUAAUCACACUUCUCCUAUAGAUGUACUCGUCCUUAUGUGCGAUAAUUGUUACUCUCUUAUAGGGCAAAGGCACGGUGGUUUUCUAGGAAUUCUCCAAAGGGCUUUAGCAAGAGCGUCUCCUCACAUAUGGUUCGAACGUUCCGAAGUAAAGGAUAGAGAAGCAGUAACGAAAAGGUUAAAAAAACACAUCUCAGAUCCAACGAAUCCACCGAUAUUAAUUUUUCCGGAAGGCACCUGUAUUAAUAACACUUCAGUGAUGCAAUUCAAGAAAGGUAGCUUUGAGGUCGGAGGUGUCAUUUAUCCAGUGGCAAUAAAGUACGACGCAAGGUUUGGCGAUGCGUUCUGGAACAGCAGUAGAUAUUCCAUGCUUCAGUAUUUGUACAUGAUGAUGUCUAGCUGGGCAAUAGUCUGUGAUGUUUGGUACCUUCCUCCCAUGUACAGAAAGGAAGGCGAGAGUGCUAUUGACUUUGCCAACAGAGUGAAGUCCGUAAUAGCAAGACAAGGAGGUCUCGUUGACCUGCAAUGGGACGGACAACUAAAAAGAAUGAAGCCCAAGAAGGAGUGGAGGGAAAAGCAACAGGAAGAAUUUAGUAAACGUCUAAAAGUCGAAUAGACCAUCGCGCAAUUUUCUAGUCAUAAAUUUGUAAUGCAUGUAAAAUGUGUGAUAACUGGUUAAGUUCAAGCGCUGAACCAGGUAUAUCAAUCAUUUUCCGUAAUACUCGAUGUCAAUCACUCGCCAAGAUUUACAAUCAACCCGAGUCUCCUUGCUUCUACAAAUGUGGUCUCGGAACGAAAAAGUGCAGAAAAGUAACCAUUUAAGUAUCUUCAUUCACGUGCUCAAUCAAAACCGGAUUGUUAUGUAAGAACGAAAAAAGAUUAACGAUAUUAAUAAAGCGUAGUAUUUGCGAUUAUGUGCCCAAUCUAAUAGUGUGAAGAAUUUACUUUAACACUGGAAAUAACGGUAUAAAUAAUUUCUUUGACUGAAUAUAUAUAUUUUAUAUAUUUCACAUAAAUUAAAUUAGGUGUGAUUGUAAUGCUAAGCUUAUGUCUGUAUGGGCCACAUUUGCUAGAAACAAGCAUAAUACGCAGUAUCGUUAUAGCGAGUGUAUUAUAUGUCGAUAAAGUGUAUAACGAUACUUGCCGUACAGUCAUCCAUUUUCUAGAUCGAGUAUACAUUUCACUAAAAUGAAAUAGGCUUCAUGUUCGAGUAGAUCUUUUGAUGCACUUUUCAGACCUAGGUAAAAUAUCGCUUAAAAUGAAAAACGAUAGUGACAAUAUUUUACCAUGUUUCUUAAAAUAGGAUUUUCGGACAUUUGAAUAAGGUCAACAAUAUUUGGAUAACUUGUUUCGAAGAUAACGUCAAUAAAAAAGAAAUAGUCUAUAACCAGUUCCUAGUGUUAGAUAUUUUACCUAGAUCUGUUUAAUAAUUACAUAACGGUUUAAAAGCCAUGUGAAAGUCAUGUGGUAUCAAACGUAUCCCAACUUCUCCAGAAAUUGAUUUGGGUGCAGGGAAACUGAUGUUUGUUAUCUAUAUAUUCUAUAUUUAUUAACCUUUUCGAGGAACGACGCAACGGAUAGGGGACACGGUCGUGUUAUCCGAGGGCUUAUGAGAAAUUAAUAGACUUUAGACGUUAAGUUUUGUUACCGCUAGGCCAAAAAUUACCCGAGCGUAUUUUGCUACUUUUAUACUUCAAGGGCUUUUGAGAUCACCAAGUUGACAACCCCUACUCGCUACGAUCUAGGAAGGGUGUGCAUCAUGCCUUUCCAGUUCGCGAGUCCUAUUUUUAGAUUUAUUAUUGUGAUACGUAUCUUCAAGUACAGCUGUGUUGUUCAUUUGACGCUAGAAACUGAACUUUAUCAGUUUUGUGCAACUCUGAAUUUUGUCGGUCCCGUUAUCUAUAAGCGAAUGGAAUUAACAAAUAAAUCUUCCAUAUUUAUUGUCACAUCUCUUGAUAAUUAUUUAUUAUAAAAAUGUAAGAAUUUUCGGGAAUUUCAGUAGAAAACUUAUAAAAAGUGGUACAGCUACUUUUAUCUCUCUAGGCAGUUCAUUAGACCUUUUUUUCAUCUUGUUUUAUCUUGAUUUAUAAAAAUUAAAGAAGUGAAUUAUUAUCAAUGCCAGAAGUUCUUUAUAACGAAUUGUGGGAUACAUUAAUACACAAAAGAAUGAUGAUCGAAGCUUUUCUGAUUGUAUAGAAUUUAUAGACUCUGCUAAUGCACGGUAGUAUCGAAGUUUGUACAUAACAGAAUGUAUACAUAUCUAGAAUGAUUGUAGCUAAAGAUGUAAUACAAACGUAGGUAUAUGCAUGAUUUAAUUUUUGAUGGAUCAAUAGUUUGCCUAAGUGUAGAUAACGCAGUUGUUGAAAGCGCACUUUUUAAAUUUGUUUGUUCUCACACACUUUUGAAAUAUAUCGUGUAUGAGCAGGAGAAUAUAUUUUUAUAUGCUAGCUGUUAAUUAUGAAUGAACCAAACAAACGAAUAUUAUGUACUUCCGUCAUACAAUGUCAGAAUAUUCUAUUUGUAAUAUUACCUAAGCACUAUCAUCACGAUAGUUUAAAUGGAGCAUAAUAAAGCAUCAAAAGGUG